AUGCCACUCACCACCCCGUCCGUCUACCCCCCGCCGUCUCACGAGUUCAUGAAAUGGCCCAGCCGGAGGAGCGUGGUCCAUAGCACCAAGGGCAUCGUGGCUUGCACGCAGCCGCUGGCGGCCAAGUGUGGGAUUGAUAUUCUCAAUGCCGGAGGCAACGCAGCUGAUGCUGCUGUGGCUGUGGCCGCUGGCUUGAACAUUACCGAGCCGUGCUCAACCGGCAUUGGCGGCGACAUGUUCUGCCUGUACUACGAUGCCAAAACCGGCUCUGUGUCGGCCCUCAAUGGCUCAGGACGGGCUGGCGCCAAAUGCACGCUCGAGACGAUUCGCAAGAGUCUAGGAAUACCCGACGGCGUUGUCGGCGAGAUCCCCAUGAGCAGCGUUCAUGCGGCCACGGUGCCUGGUGCCGCUGCCGGGUGGGCCGAUACGGUCGAGCGCUUCGGCAGCGGCAAGUUGAGCCUGGAGCAAAUCCUGGCACCUGCUAUUGAACUUGGCGAAAAGGGAUUCCCCGUAUCCGAGGAUGCUGCGCAUUUCUGGCAACGCUCUGAGCAGGCCAUUCGCAGGGCCUCGCCCAACUUUGCCGAGAUGCUCAAAGCCGACCCGUCGGCGCCCGACGGUGUCCGCGCCCCUAGGGCAGGCGAUAUCAUGAAAAUGCCCAACCUGGCGCGCACGUUUCGUACCCUAGCCACAGAAGGCAAAAAGGGGUUCUACACGGGCCGCAUUGCCGAAGAGCUGAUUAGGGUCGUCCGUGAUUUAGGCGGUCAUCUGGAGUUGGCCGAUUUGCAGCACCAUCUAGAGACAGGCAGCGAGCCGGUCGACCCCAUUUCGCUCAAGUUCCGUGGCCAGGGGACUGGCGACAAGGGUGUCGAGCUUUGGGAACACCCACCCAACGGCCAGGGCAUCGUCGCCCUCAUGGCCCUGGGCAUAGUCCAAGAGCUGGAAGCCCAGGGAAAAAUCCCAACCUUUACCCCAGCCGACCACAACACAGCCCCCUAUCUCCACGCCAUCAUCGAAGCCCUCCGCAUCGCCUUCGCCGACGCAAGCUGGUUCGUCACUGACCCGUCCACCACGAAGGUACCCACGGCAGAGCUCAUCUCGGCGGAGUACCUCAAGCAGCGCGCACGGUUCUUUGACCCGAACAAGGACAGUGAGAUCCUACCGCACGGCGACCCGUUCGCUUCGCCGGCGCUGCGAAGCAGCGACACGGUAUACUUUGCUGUGUCGGACGCGGCGGGCAACGCCAUCUCCUUCAUCAACUCCAACUACGGCGGGUUCGGGACGUGCAUCGUGCCCCGCGGAUGCGGCUUCACGCUGCAGAACCGUGGCGCCAACUUCAACCUCAACCCGAGACAUCCCAACGUGCUCGCCCCGCGCAAACGGCCCUACCACACCAUCAUCCCCGGGCUCGUGACCAACCUGUCGGACGGCUCACUGCACUCCGUCUUUGGCGUCAUGGGCGGCUUCAUGCAGCCCCAGGGCCAUGUCCAAGUUCUCCUGGCCCAGCUGGUGGGCGGUCUGAACCCGCAGCAGGCGCUCGACGCCCCGAGGGUGUGCAUCGGCGCCGGUAUGGCUGAUGUCGGCGACGUGUACGACAGGACGGUGUACGUAGAGGAGGGCAUGCCCGAGGAGACGGUGCGAGGGCUGAUCAAACUGGGCCAUAAGGUCAAGGUUGUCGGUGACAGGGAGGCGGACGGCCCUGCGAGCCGGCAACGGGCAAUGUUUGGGCGCGGGCAGAUCAUCCGGUGGACUGUGGACCAAGUAGACGGGACUGGGGUUUGGAGCGCGGGGAGCGAUAUGCGCGGCGAUGGGGCGGCGUAUCCGGCGUGA